ACUUCCUAUGCGAGGACGGUCCGCCCUUGGCGUUUUGUUACGUGCCUGCGCGCAGAGAAGAAGACAACAGGAGAAAACAGUCAGACGCGAAACAUGGCGAGGCUGAGCGAGCAUGGGAUUCGCCUGAGUUCCAUGAGUCCUUCCUUCCUGAACAGCAACUCCACAAGUCAUACCUGGCCCUUCAGCGCAGUUGCCGAAUUAAUAGACAAUGCCUCCGAUCCCGGCGUAUCCGCUAAACAGAUCUGGAUCGAUGUAGUAGAGGAAGCCGGCCACCCCUGUCUAACUUUCACUGAUAAUGGCAGCGGCAUGACCCCCAACAAACUACACAAGAUGCUCAGCUUUGGUUUUACAGAAAAGGGGUCAAGUAAGGCCAGUCAGCAAGCCAUCGGCGUGUACGGGAACGGUUUUAAGUCUGGCUCCAUGCGUCUGGGCCGCGACGCGCUCAUCUUCACCAAGAAUGGUGGCUGCCAGACUGUGGGAAUGCUGUCUCAGACCUACCUGGAAAACAUCAAGGCCCAGGCCGUCAUUGUUCCCAUCGUCCCCUUCAACCAACAAACCAAGUCUCUGGUGAUGACUGAGGACUCGGAGGCCAGUCUGGCAGCCAUCCUUCAAAACUCCAUCAUCACGUCCCUGGAUCAGAUACAUGCACACUUUGACUCCAUUCUCUCCAAAAAAGGCACCAAGAUAUUAAUCUGGAACAUCCGCAGGGCCAAAGAUGGCAAGCCAGAGAUUGACUUUGAGACAGAUGAGAGUGACUUCCGUUUGCCCCCGAUUCAGAUCGAGGAGCUGAAGAAGGGUCUCAGGAGCAGUGGAUCCCUGAGAGCCGAACACAACAUCCCAGAAAUGCACUACAGUCUCAGGGCCUACCUCAGUAUCUUGUACCUGAAGCCGAGGACACAGAUUAUUCUGAGAGGGAAGAAGACUGCUGCUAAACUGGUUUCGAAGAGGCUCAAACACAUUGAGCAUGACGUGUACAAACCCCACUUCAGCAAAGAGAAGGUGAAGGUGACCUUCGGGAUGAGCCUGAAAAACAAAGACCACUAUGGCAUCAUGAUGUACCACAAGAACCGGCUCAUCAAAGCCUACGAGAAAGUGGGCUGCCAGCUGAAGACAUCAGGUCAAAGGGCAGGAGUUGGAGUCAUCGGUAUCAUCGAGUGUAACUUUCUCAAACCUGCUCACAACAAACAAGACUUUGAAUACACCAAAGAAUACAGACUCACUCUCGGUGCUUUGGGCCUAAAACUCAAUGACUACUGGAGAGAGGUGACAGAGAAGAAGGCCAGAGAGCGAGAGUUUCAGGCUCUAGACAGAGAUGAAAACGAAGAUGAGCCUGACGAUGACAAGGCUCCCAUGUGGUUACAGUGUGAAGAGUGCCUCAAGUGGCGAAGCGUCCCCACAAAUCAUUACAACGUGGCUCCUGAAAGCUGGACCUGCAGCCAGAACCCCAAUCCACGUUACAGAAGCUGUUCUGCACCAGAGGAAGCAGAAGACAGUGAGGAGUUGUUAACGCCCAGCUACCAGAAGAACCACAAGAAGCAAGAACAUCCCAAAAGCAGAAAACGAGAAAAAUCACUGGAGGUGUGUGCGUUGCAGGACCAAGUCGAUAAACAUCAAAUCCUCUCACGCAGUUCAUCAGAGCCCGGGCAGCCCACCUUCCAGUCUGUGAGAACGCCAGAUGAAUGCCAGACAGAGGAAGACACCAUAGAACAAGAACAGAGAGAUUAUGAUUCAGACACACACACAAGUGAUGAUGCACACACACAACAGAAACUCGCUGGAGGAGAGACAGCCGUUAAAGACGGGGUUCAAGGACGGGUGCAUGUGGAAAAUGAGACAAAUGUUCUCGGGCUUGAAAAUAAACAAAGAAAGAAACAGAAGGACACAAACAUGGAGUCGAUGGAAAGAGAGAACGCAGACACGUCAAGCUACAAAAGGAAAUCGGGAUCAUUAAUGUACUGUGUGACAAAGAAGCUACGUCUUUUGGACGAACAACAGCCUGACUCAGAAAAUGCAGCAGAAGCGGUGAGGCCUGAGAAACAAACAAACGUGCCGGAGACACUGUCUUCAGACAGCGAAAAGCAGGACAGCAGCAGCAGAGUAGAGAAACCGGGUGACACAGCACAGCGAGUCGUCACCAACCUGACCUGGACCCAUUCACUCCCCUCCACCCAAACUGUGAUGGUGUCUCCGCUGAGUCGAACAGAAGGACAGCGGAGCAGACCUCAGUCUCUCGAGGGGAGUGACCGGGAAGCUAACGUUCAGAAGCUGGCAGGGCUGGAGAAAGAAGCCCAGAGGCUACGGAGGCUUCUAGGUUUGGAAAUCACAAAGAUAACUCAAGGCACAAUGACCAUUGCUGGUGGCGGCACUGAAAAGCCAGACGGAGGCCUGGUGACACCACCUGCCUCCACAGCCAGCAGAGAGGUCGGCUGCCAGACGGACACGGCUGAGAGCUCUACGUCGUCUAGUAGCACGGCCCAGGCUCCAGGACUUCAGAGAGCUCUAUGUGGGUCAAAGGAGCAGCCGGAGGAGAAGGAACCCAGGAAGAAGUCAGAAACUCAGAGCAGGAUGAGAUCCAGUGACAGUGAGGCCUGUGAAGACAGCAGAUCACCACAGGAGAGCCUUCGCGGUAUCCGUAACAACGUGUUGGUCCUUCUUACGGCUCUCUUGCCUCAACUGGACCUCGCUGGCAUCAGUCUGGAGACCACGGACAUAGACAACAUCCUGCAGCAGAUCAUAGAGGUCAACUCACUGAAACCAUGAUCAAUACUAUUAUAAUAUCCAUGUUUUUUUUCUAUAUCCAUAAGCAAAGUUUGGGUUGAUGAAUGUCAAACCAGGCAAAGUAUAUCAAAUACCUUUCAGUGCUCACUUGGAAAGCACUGCUUUUGGACAGACUCUCUGACAUGACAUUUUUAUUUUUAUGUUUGCAUGCAGCUGGUUAUAGUACCUCAGUGUGCCUUAAAUUAGAUUUUGGGUUUAAAAGGACACAUGCUUAGAGAGAUGUCGAAAUCUGUGGGAAAAAAAGCAUUAUUUUCAUAGUUUUGCGUUGAACAAUGACAAAACAAAGUUUUAAAACCGUCUCCUCUCUUAUCCUGGAGGAAUGUAGUCUCAGUGUCUGUCAAGUCUGACAGUUACCGGUUUUUCAGCUUUCAUUAACUGCACACACACAUUGUUUUUUUUUGUCACAUCAUUUUUGAAUAAAUUGUGUCCUGUGCUAGUCUAUUUAAAAAAAAAAAACAUCUUAAGGUUGACCUCCUAACUGUUGUAAAAUAUAAUCCUUUUGAUCUGAAAUGAUCUUGUAAGUUAAAAAGUGUGUGAUGUUUUGCUAUGGUUUGUUUUGCUACUGUUUUUACUUAGGCUACUAUUUAAAUUUGUUUUAUACACAUGUAACAUCAGUGAGUCACUGAGUAAGCUUGUCCCUCGACUUGUUCGACUUUUUACAUUUGCAUUAAAAUACUGAAACCA